AUGUCCCAACCAACGCAGCUUUUGGUGCUGGACACAUUCUUCAAUGGAAGUACCCGUUACACAAACAAAAACACGCUUUCCAACCGCCUCAUUACCGAUUCGCCGACACCAACCCACACGAGCUAUGGUUCUGAGACAACGAUUGUCGAACACCUGAAGACGUCUCAGUUCCGCUGUUCGAAUAGGCCAAGUCUCACAGCCAUACAACAAAACAGCCCGUACGGUGAACGACAGCCACUGACCGACAAGAACAAAACCGAUCCGGGAAACUUGGGCAAGAGCCUCGAUCCUGUGUAUCAAUCCGUGAAUCCGUUAAUCCGUUCUAGAAACAUUCUAAGUGGCGUGAGUCCUAAAUCUCGGCUGUGGUUAUCUGAGGAGUGCUGUGAUUGCGCUGUACUUCGGCAGGGUCUUCUGGUUGUUGCUGCCGAUUGUCGAAAACGGGAAAACGGCAUAGCAGAAACUUUUGAAUUCUACUUCAAUGGUAGAAUGAAAAAGAGUUCAAUGACAAUCUAUGAAUCUACCAAUAAAGUACUCCGGAUGGAAAAUGUCAAAAAUAGUGCCAUUGAAUUCCCUUACCAAACAGAUCGUCCUCAACCAGGUGCAGUGCGGAAGACGUGGUCUCCAUCCUGGAAGCAUUGUAACGAAUUGCGUCCUUAUACUACUCACGUCUGCUUACCCAAGCGUACUUUUUGCCGUCUUGUUGAAGACUACGCCUUGCCUUGGGUUGAAAUACGCCCCAUAAAACCUCUGUUUGCUACCUCCUAUCUCCGCGAAUCUCCCAAAGAAAUGCAUGAAAGCCAAGAGACCCAGCAUCUAACGCCUCGCCUCUCUGGGUUGGAUGGUGGUCAUGUGACCCAUGAUGCCCCUAUCUCUGGCUCUCCUCUGUACGUGAUCCGUGCGUUCUUGCCAGUGAUGGACUCGUUUGGUUUCGAGACCGAUCUGCGUGGUAUUUUCAAGCAGGAAAGAAAACAGGAAGUACACUGGUCGGCUGAUUUGUCAGCCACUUUUCUUGAGGCCCUUACACUGGAUUUAAGCUACGCGGAAGGAAUCGGAAAGUUCCGUUCUAAGGGUUUUUCUGGACAUGAUUAA